ACCAAAGAGUCUAGUGGGAAAACUCUGAAUUCUUUUUAUCAGACUCUUAGGGUAGGGCUUUGUUUGUGUAGAAUUUUAUUAAACUGUGAACAAUGAAUAGUUGUUUAAUAUGUUUUUGAUUUGUCGUACAAAAAAUUCUAUAGAAUAGUUAAAAUAAAUUAUAAAUAAAAUUAGAUAAAUAAUUAGUGACCUUGAGCGUAAGCAAUACAGCUGUCAAAUAACCUAACCAAGAUUUUUGUAAAAUAAAGAUGAAUACAAGUUUCUUUUGUGAACAUUUAGUAUAUUUAACGUAGAUAUAGAUAAUUUGUUGCAAUGGAUGAAGCCGUCACGCAUUAUAUAAAUUCCCACCCAGCUGAUGAGGCAGUGCAUGUGGAUGGAAAUGCUUUGGCACUCGCAUUGGUACAGGAUGACGGUGGCAGCAGGGUGUCCAUCAUGCAUUCUCAAUCCUACUCCUCGUCGCUCUGCAGCAGGCAGGUUACUCUGUCUGAUCAAGUGGGAGAUGGUCAGUGGAGUGAGGAGCUGGUGGAUCCAGAUGGCAGGAUUGGAAGGCUGGCUGCUCUCAUGGCUCAUUUCCAGGCCCAGCAAUCUAAGGGGCCACCACAGCUACACCAUAAGGUACAGGCAGUGAGAGGCGAUGUGGAUACGUCUAUCAUGCUUGAUAACUCCAUAAGGCUAUUCCAUGGCCAACCUAUGGAUCACUCUCCAGACCCAAUGGUAGUGGAAGUUCCUCACUUGCCUCCGCUGCCACCCCUGCAGGAGAUGAAGCGGUGCCAGGAUAACGACUGGUUCAAUAAUAAGGCCAAAUCAUCACUUAAAGAUGAUUCAUCGAUGAUAGAUUCCGAUGGGCCGGUGUUAGAGUUAGGGGCGGGCGCAUCACCUGGUCAUCACAAACACCAGAACAAGAAAAGUCUUCCACAUAAAAAGAGAAUUUCUAGGAAACUGAAGAAAAAUAAUGGCAACUGCACGCCCCAGCAGGAUCUGGUGGUCAUCAGCUGCACAGACGUGGAAGGUCGCAUUAGUUGCGUGGAUCACAGCCAGGAACAAGAGAUACUGCCCGACACCUUCGUGCCACAGGAUCAUAUCCCGGAGGAAACUCAUCAUAUUACGCAUGAGUCAGGUUAA